AACCUGGCAGGUGGCGCCGUAAUGAGAGGUGUGUCAGGCCUCCCUGGCGGCCAUCUGGUGGUGAUAUGGGCGUUGUUGGCGACGGCGGUGGUCACGGGCGGCAGCAGCAGCGGCGCCCAUGGGACCCACCACCUGUCGAGGCACCCUCCGCCUCCGCCCCCGCCCGCCACUUCAACCUGGGCUACCUGACGGGCUCCGAAAGACUGCCCGAGGACCAGGAGUACAAGAGGCCCGGGCUCAUCGUCUCCGGCGCCAUCACGCUGGCCGUGGAGGAGGUGAACACCAACUACCCCCUGGUCAAUGGCCACCGCCUGAACUUCACCGUGGCCGAGACCUACGGGCAGGAGGAGAUGAGCAUCCUGAAAACGGCCAAGCUCUGGAUCUCCAACAUCUCCGCCUACAUCGGCCCCCAGGAGACCUGUGUCCACGAGGCACGCAUGGCGGCUGCCUUUAAUCUGCCCAUGAUCUCUUACUACAGCCCCCACUACUACAAACGGCCAAGCAGUCAUUUUGACUGCCCUGACUACAAGCUUCAACCGUGUCUAGUGACCAAACCUGUAUAA